AUGUCCGAGCCUCAGGGGGCCGCUCCUGCCGCCGCCAGGGCCAGCGAAGCGCUGGAAGAGGGGGCUGGGGGACACUUCGAAGGCGUAGCCACAGCCACGGCCUUGCGGGCCAAGCUCGGCGAGGGGAGCGAGGCCGCCAAGGCGCUCGCAGCAGAGGGCCCGUGGGAGCGGCUCAAGGCGGCACUCGCUAAGUGCGACUACGGCGAGGACGACGCGGCGGACCUCCGCAAGGACCUCCAGACGCUGGGCGGCCGCGGUUUCCUGAAAGGAGUGCCCGCCGACUUUGGCCCGCGCGGCUGGGCGGCCCUCCAGGAGAUGGUGGCUGUGCUGUCCGAGAGCGGCCGCGGCCCCCGCAACCUUGCGGGCCCGCCGGGCUUCUGGGGAGAGGCCCCGGGCGGCGCCCCGCCCCCCUUCGACGCGCCGCCGGCGGAGUGGCGCGGGGCCGGGCCAGCCGCCAGCGCAAGUGGCAACUUGUUCCUCGGCAAGGUGGUGGCCGCGGCGGCCCAGCAGGACACCAAGGCCCUCGAGGAGCUCACCUCCCAGUGGGGCCCGACGGACCAGCUCCGUACCCUGGUGAAGCAGUCCAAGCAGGGAGAGCCGCUGCGCACCCUGGAGCCGGACGAGGCUGCCCUCCGCGCGGCCGCGUCGGCCCGCGAGGCCGGGCGCUUCCUGGCUUGCCCAGAGCCUAAGGCCGACGACGCCUGCCGCUUGCAGCGUCCGGCGGCCGUCGCCGCCAACGACAAGGCCGCGCCGCAGCACGUCGCCGAGCAGGCGGCCGCCUUCUACUCUUCUCGGGUGCUGUUCGAGGCUUACUCGAGCAGCAAACGGGGGGAGGGCGACGAAGAGGGCCGGGGCAACGCCAGCUCCGUUCUCGGCGAGCUCGACUGGAGCCGCCUCACCCGCUGCCAGACGGAGGUCACGCAGGCUGGCGCCGCCGCGCCCGCCGCGUCCGCGGCCGCUGGCCAGGGCGGCCUGGGGUUUCCGUGCCGGCGCAUCCUCUUCGGGCAACGCACGAAGCAGGAGGCCUGCCAGUUUCGCCACGGGUGCCCUUUCUGCCGCACCACGGGCCCGGGCUCGCCUGGCGAGCCACCUCGAGCAGAACGGCUCCUCGCGCAGGGGCGGCAGCGGCGGCAAGGGCGGACCCAAG